GGAAACACUUGUGGUUUCAGAAAGGCGGAUCCCUCUCGGCUACUUUGCCUCUCAGAACUUCUUUCGAGCCUGUUUUUACCUGUCCUUUCCCCGCGGGUCGAACCAAAUCCGACUAAAUCAGCUGUCUUAGUUUUAGAACGACGCUUUGUUCGAUCGAGUUCGCCGACCGAACUCUCCGUUCUCCGUUCCACCUGAAGCUAGCCAACUUUUAACACACUAGCAUUCAACCUGACAACUGCCCGAACACAGCAAGAUGUCAGAUAAUGAUAAAGCGCUGAUGUGGGCAUUGAAGACCGGGGACAUGGAGGAGGUGCAGAGCAAGCUGGUCACGGCUGAAGAUGUAAACCGGACCCUGGAGGGCGGAAGGAAGCCUCUGCACAUAGCUGCCGACUUUGGUCAGACGGAUGUGAUGGAGUACCUCAUUUCUAAGGGAGCAGAUGUUAAUGUUCCAGACAAACAUGGGUUAACUCCACUCCUCUCUGCCUGUUAUGAGGGUCACAUCAACUGUGUCAAGGUCCUGCUAGAAAAGGGAGCUGACAGAACCCGAAAAGGACCCGAUGGCGCCAGUGCCUUUGAAGCCGCCUCGAACGAUGCCAUAAAGGCUCUGGUCAACUGAGACAUGAGAGUGUGGGAGGUGGCUGGACAGGUGGGUGUAAGGACAGACAGAUGGAUGCAGUGGUCCCCUGACAGAAUAUGGACUCGCCCCUUUUACCCUGAUCAACCUCUGUCUUUACACUGCUUUUGUCUGUUUGUCGGGAGGGUCAUUUUGUCUGUAUGGUGAAUUUCCUUUACCUUGUGCCCCCCCUCCCCCCUAAGUUGGGAUAGGUUUUUCUCUUGUUUUGGCCUCUGUUUGUAGCCAUUUAACAGAAGGACUUUUCAAUUAUGUCUCCCUUAGGGACCAAACACUGGGGGAGCGCUCUCGCACCUGGAUCCUAGAACACUGCUCAGACUAGAAAUCACACUCUGUAUUGUAAACGCAAAGCUUAGCACUUAAAUACACAUCUCUCAUUUGCAGUUCUCUCUUGGAAAUCAAAUGAUAAUGGAUCAAUAGCAUGUUAACAUUUUUUUACAACUUUAAUAUAAGUAUUGUAUGGCCAGGGCUUAAUCUCACAAUGAACAGUAACUGCACUGUACUAUACUAAAUAGACUGAAAAGAAAGGUUGUAAAGUUUCAUUAGGUUCUAUUCCUCUACCCUGAUUUCUUUUUUUUAAAUAGACCAAACAGUCCCUCCAAUCAAAUCUCGAAAUUUUUUGGAAAAAUGUUGGUUGAGAGAGGUCCAGAGGUCAAAUUUUCCUUUUUUCUACUCGGCACAUCACUUACAUAUCAAACGAUGGUUUUUGACAAAUUUUACGUUGGUAAUGCAUAAAAAAAAAAAAAUCCUGUAUUCUCUGACCAAUCACCAUGCUGGUUAACUAGAAAGACUUGAAUGUUGCAAUUUUAAAAU